UGGGUAUUUUGACACUGGCUUUUGCUUGAAAAGUUUCCGAAACACUGUGAGGAGCCCGUUGCUUGGGGCAGGAGUUAACAGAGUGCAGGAGGAGGAGGAACUGCACUUCCCGAGAGGCCCCACUGCGGCUGUGCCUCCUCCGGUGCCUUAUCAGGAGCUGGGGGGACCAACAGGCAGCCCCACAGGGACAUGGGGCUGAGGCACGGGAUGAGGAGCACCAAGUGCCAGCUGAUUGCUGCCAGCCUCUGUGUCAUGCUGCUGGGGCUGUCCAUUGCUACACUGAGCACAGUCACUCGCUAUGGGCUUCACUUCUCCAUCAUCAGCAACGUCGCCCUCGAGAGCAGCUCCUACCGGGCCAUCCAUCAUACAGCUUUCUACGUCGGCGUCUUCCUCAGCAUGACCCUGAUCCUCGCAGCCCUGCUGAGCGCGGUCGCCACUGUGCGGGAGUCGCGGUGCCUCACGGUCACGGCAUUUUUCUGCUUUGCUCUGGCCUUCUGUGGGAUGAUACCAGCUCUCUGCUGGAGAUACAUGCACAACACAGAGGUGGAGAACAGUAUACUGGAUGUGUACGACCUCGUGUAUGAGGAGGUGAGGAGGAAUGGCUCCAGCUCCAAGAGGCAUGAGCUGACUCGCAUCCAUGAAGUAUUCCUGUGCUGUGGGAAGCACUCCCCUCUUGGAGACACAGCUGCUGUUGAGCGCAGGAUGUGCCGUCCUGGCACAGCGUGGGCUGCUGGACAGGACUGCCUACAAGAGAUGCAUAGCUUCCUGAAGAAGCACAUGAGCUUUGUCUCCACACUCCUGGGCAUCACCAUUGGCUUCACGGUAGUUUAUGGGAUGGUUCUGACUUCUUUCCUCUGGUUCUCCAUCCACUUCAGCAACAACCUGGACCGGAAAGGCAAAUAUACCUUGCGAGGAAGUUAGAAGCCUGUCUCCCAGGUUUCCCUACCAGGCAGAGCCAGCUCUCAGUGCAAGUCGAUGCCUGGAGUCUCCCACCAAGCCUCUGGGAAGGUGUUGCGUUACUUACCUGUGUGCAUUUCCAAGCUGUACCAUCCAGGUGGAACUCUACAGAACAGCAGUCCUGCAUCUUCACUAAGAAUGGAUGAGGACUGAGAUGCACCUGGGCUUGGAGAUGCAGGUUGCCUCCUGGAGUGAAGGAUGGUAUGUAGCAUAAGGAGAAUACACACAGCUCCCUAGGACACAACCUAAAGAAAUACCAUCUGAAAUCGUAGCAUUAAACCAGUCUUCUGUGCUGUCAUACAAGAAGUUUCCUGUGACCUCGAAAGAUGUGACUUCUCAAGGGCAAGAUCUUUGGACUGCAGCAAUGGGACCAAUCUGCCAUUGGCAAAUAUGUUUGCACUGGGUUUGGUAUUGAAAAACAGGGAGCUGUGCUACCUGGGACAGUGCUCAUCAUUGCCUUUGAACAGGUUUCAAACCACCCUGGAGUAUGUCAGCACCCAGCCGCCACUACUGUUUUUUCCCUCUAUCAAAAUAUUGCUGGAAUUCUUGGUAUAAAUUAAGUGGGGGAAAAAAAAUCAAAAAACAGUGUAUGAGUUUUGAAGCAGUGGAAUAAGGACGCAUCCCUCUGCAUCUCCCUUUUUGAGUUUUUGAAAUUCUGAGGAUUAGGUCAGCCUUCUGGAUGCUGCACUAAUUUCACGUGGGCUCCUUCAACAUACUGCCUCCAUUCUGUCUCUUUCUGGCUUCACUAACCUACCACGCUGCUGUGAAAUACAAAAGGACUUUGAUAUUGAACAUAUGCAGGGCUUGUGUUUAAAUUAAGGAGAAACGGACUGAUCUCCAGCCACUUAAAACACAACAGCGUCCACUUCCUCUUCUUUCCUUCUUAUCAACAAUAAGGAGGAAUUUGAAAAGCUUCAGCCAGCUGAACAUCUCAGGCGAGCUGAAAUGAUGGCUUCCUGGUGUGCUUUGCCCUCGUUGCAAGGAGGCAGAGCCACUUCUGAGCUGAAAACCAUCGCAGCGAUAGAUUUAUUUCCUGCUGGAAAAUCUGCUGAGCUACAGUGAUGGAAAAUAUCUGUUGAAGCAGCUUUCACCUCCCUCCUUUGCUGUGGCUUUUACCUGUGAAAACAGUAAGUGGCAAUUGAAAUUGUCUCAGCUUCCGAAGAUGAUCUCAUUGAGAUAAAAGAGGAAAACCCCUUGCUGAUGUUCAGGACAGUUCCGGGCCCUUCGUGUGGACUGCUGUAUGUAUUAAAACAACAUUACAGCCUGCAGUAUCUCCCCAGAUCUGGUUAGCAUUCGAACAUGGUUGCAGAUGUUUUGUAUUGGAAAGAAUGGCACGGAGGGAGGAGGAGCCAGGGCUCUUUGCUCCUCUCCCCUGGUACAAGCAGAGCUUCAGUGGAAGCUUUGGAGGCAAGGCCAAGUCUAAAAGCACUGUGGAGCAUCACCCAGCUUUCUCCUGGCAGUCACCAGCCCCAUUCAAGCAGGAGUUUAGUGGUGAUGUGCUUACUGUGCAGCUGCACCUGCAGACAUAUCCACUUACUGGUGGUGGGAGGAGAUUCAGAGAUAUGUGUAUAGGGGUUCUUAAGUACAUUGCACUCCUCAGAGACAGUCUCCACUGUGAGCUCUGGCUGUUAUUGUCAAGGCUACUGCUGUUGUCAUUCCUCAGGCCAGCUGGCAGCACACACGAUUCCUGGGGUCCUCAAUAAAUACCAAUCUCUUGCUAAA